AUGGCGAGGAUGGCUGCGUGUAGCAUGCGGAAGGACACCACCAUCAAGUCCUGCACCGAGUCCAAGACGGAGGCAUUGAGAAGAGCAGAGGCCAAGGAGAAGUUCGCGAAACAGAUGGCUCUGUUCUCCAAGUAUGAUGCCAACAAGGAUGGCGUGCUGGACAAGAAGGAGAUCGCCAACUUUGCGAAGAAGGAGCACAACUUCGCAGUGCCGGAUCCGGCCAUGGUGUUGCUCUUGAAGGCAACUCGGGCGCUUUCGCGAGCAGAGAUCCCCUGCGCAGAAAAUCCUCAGGGGUUGUGCUCACUGUAG